UCUUUGUUUCUAUCAUGCUUCUGCAUCCGCGGCUCCUAUAAGUGGUGCAUCUUUCGCCCUUUCACGAUAGACCUAAAUUUCUCGAAUUGUUCCUUUUUUUUUUCGCUGGAGCGAAAAUCCUUUUUUAUUUUUUUUUUCAUCUGCAAUUUAGGGUUUCUUAAACCCUAAAAUCACUAUGCUAUAUUCAAGACUAGCUAGAGUCGGAGCUUCGAUCGCUAAAAACAUCUACACAAGGACUUACACAUCCUUGUGUAGAGUAGGAUGUCCUCAAAGUGCUAGAUAUCAUUACCUGCAACCUCCGUGUCAAGAGCAUUCAUUUACUAAUUUAUGCAAGGGAUCCAUGAUUGUAAGUCAUAAUUUCCUUUCAACGAUGACUACUAACAACACUACUGAGGAUGGGAGCGAACAAAAAGAAAUGAUAUCUGUAACUUUUAUUGAUAAAGAUGGCGAGGAAAAGCAUAUCAAAGUUCCUGUUGGAAUGUCAAUGUUAGAAGCUGCUCAUGAAAACGACAUUGAACUAGAAGGAGCAUGCGAGGGCUCACUUGCUUGUUCAACUUGUCAUGUUAUAGUCAUGGAUGUAGAACAUUACAAUAAAUUAGAAGAUCCAACAGAUGAAGAAAACGAUAUGUUGGAUCUAGCUUUUGGGCUUACUGAAACAUCACGUCUGGGUUGCCAAGUGAUUGCGAAACCUGAACUUGAUGGAAUCCGGUUAGCUAUUCCUGCCGCCACACGGAACUUCGCUGUUGAUGGUUAUGUGCCGAAACCACACUAGUUAUACUUUAUUUUUUUGGAUUCAGUACAAAGAGUGCAGCUAUCUCAGUUUUGUAGCCUCACUGAUUUAGAUAAAUUAGCAUUUAUUGAUCACAGGCAUGAUUUUUGCUGCUUUUAUUUUUCGUGUUCCCUGAGCACCUCUGUAUAACAAACCAUCGAGAUCAAGAUAGGAAUGUCCACAGGAUACAUUUUUGCUU